GCCUGGUGGGGCGGGGCUUAGAGGCGAGCUCGGUCGUCAUCCAGUGUCCGUCGUGUUUCCAAGGUACUGUGCUGUUGCGUAGUGACGCAAAGAAGGUUCUGGAUAGAUACAAGUAUCCUUUUUGGACCUGCUCUUUUGCCUUGACCCGUUUAUCUACAGCUGUGUCAAGUUGCAUUUCUUGGAUCACGACCCAAUAACUCAACUCUUGCUCGACUAUCAGUCCUUCACUCCGUCUUUGGACGACUAGCGUUGUGUUUAUGUCUUUAUUUUACGGAAACGAGCUGUUGCGCAGCUGUUGGAACGCGAGCGGUGUAAACCUAGACCAAGAGCAAGGAACCUGCAGCCUCUGUGGCAAAAUCUUUUUCAUGUCAGAGACCGAGCACGCUUGCAGUCGUUUAUGUCAUCCCGUCUUCUCCAGACAGAAGAUACCCAAAAAUCCCUGUUCAAGAUCUUUUUAUCUUGCUGAUAGUGCCACAGGUCACUCAAAAUGUCUGUUAACGUCAACCGCAAUGUGUCGGACCAGUUCUACCGCUACAAGAUGCCCCGUCUGAUUGCCAAGGUGGAGGGCAAAGGGAAUGGAAUAAAGACAGUCAUUGUCAACAUGGUAGAUGUUGCUAAGGCACUAAAUCGACCACCAACAUAUCCAACCAAAUUUUUUGGAUGUGAGCUUGGAGCACAGACACAAUUCGACACCAAAAAUGACCGCUAUAUAGUGAAUGGUUCUCACGAGGCCAAUAAGUUGCAGGACAUGCUUGAUGGGUUUAUACGGAAGUUUGUGUUGUGCCCUGAAUGUGACAACCCGGAGACCGACUUGCAUGUUAAUCCAAAGAAACAAACUAUUGGAAAUUCUUGUAAGGCUUGUGGCUACCGGGGUAUGCUAGACACUCGGCACAAACUAUGCACAUUCAUCCUUAAAAAUCCACCAGAGAGUGAUAGUGGGUCUGUGAAGAAAGAGAAGGAAAAAAAGAACAGAAAGAAGGACAAGGAAAAUGGCUCAGGCAGUGAUGCUGGGAACCAUAAUGAAAUUGAUGCUCCAGGGGUUGUGGAUGGUAAUGAAGAUGAUGAAGAUUGGGCAGAGGAGACCACUGAGGAGGCCCAACGUCGGCGCAUGGAGGAGAUCAGUGACCAUGCUAAGAACUUGACUCUUUCAGAUGACCUGGAGAAGACCCUUGAGGAUCGAGUUAACUUGUUUUAUAAUUUUGUCAAACAAAAGAGAGAAAAUGGCACAAUAUGCUCUGCAGACAAGGAGAUUCUGGCUGAAGCAGAGCGUCUGGAUGUGAGGGCCAUGGGGCCACUUAUCCUGAGUGAACUGCUCUUUAAUGAAAACAUCAGAGAGCAGAUCAAAAAAUACAAACGCCACUUUCUACGUUUUUGCCAUAAUGAUAAGAAGGCUCAGAAAUAUCUUCUGGGAGGCUUUGAGUGUGUGGUGAAGCUGCACCAAACUCAGCUCUUGUCUAAAGUUCCAAACAUACUAAAGGACCUAUAUGAUGCUGACCUUUUAGAGGAGGAUGUCAUUCUCACAUGGGCUGAAAAGGUGUCAAAGAAAUACGUCUCUAAAGAGCUGGCAAAGGAGAUCCAUGCUAAGGCUGCUCCUUUUGUCAAAUGGCUGAAGGAGGCAGAAGAGGAGAGUGAGGGGAGUGAGGAGGAGGAGGAGGAAGAUGAUGAGAAUGUAGAGGUUGUAUACUCUUCUUCUGCCCGUGAGCUGAAAGUGGAGACUGUUCAGCCAGAGAAAACUGAGGAGGAGGAUGACCUUGACAUCGAUGCCAUUUAAAGAAACAUAUCUUUGGUAGACAAUGUAUACUACUCAGCUUUCUUGAAUGAUGAAAUUGAUUCCAGUAGUCUUCUUUUCAGGUCCCUCUCCUAUUUUUUAUGUUAUGUAUUACCCUUUCACUAGUUUAUUCUCUAUCCUACAGAUGCAUGGUUUUAAAAUUGAGCUUUCAGUGUCUUGCUGCUAAACAAUGUUCUUUUUUCUUUUUACUGAAGAAAAUGUUGUCUUUGCUUAAUGGAAUUAACUAAGCUGCACAGUUGGUUGUUAUUGUUUUUACUUCUUAAAUCAUUAAAUAAACAAUGCUUUAGUGUCA